CACAGCGCUAGUUCCAUGAAUGUUCCCACCGUAGCCGGGGAUUUGGGUUAGCGGUCGCAACUCCGAGCCUUCUCCGAAUAUUCCCGAUGUAGCCGUAAUUAAUUCGGCUCGAAACCUAUCUGGAGGACGGAGAGGUUGGACCGCGUGAUCGAAACCAUAGCUUUGGAAGAAAGAAAAGAAGGCUUCGUUUAGAAGAAACGAGGGGACAGAAGCACAAAGAGGAACUCCCGCAAAUUAGAUUUGAAGAUAGAAGAGACUAGCUAUAAAACAAACGAAACGAAAAGGGUUUCCGAGAACCUCAAUAAUCUAAUUCACGAUGAGUUUCCUCUUCGGUAGCAGGAAAACCCCCGCAGAGCUGCUGCGGGAGAAUAAAAGGAUGCUCGAUCGAUCUAUCAGAGAAAUAGAAAGGGAAAGACAGGGACUCCAAGCUCAGGAGAAGAAGCUUAUUGUGGAGAUCAAGAAAACAGCUAAGCAAGGCCAAAUGGGAGCUGUAAAAGUAAUGGCAAAGGACCUUAUUCGGACAAGACAUCAGAUUACUAAGUUCUACGCACUCAAGUCUCAGCUGCAAGGUGUUGCUCUUAGAAUUCAGACAUUAAAAUCAACACAAGCAAUGGGCGAGGCCAUGAAAGGCGUUACCAAAGCAAUGGGACAGAUGAACAGGCGGAUGAACCUACCAGCAUUGCAGAAGAUAAUGCAAGAGUUUGAGCGUCAGAAUGAGAAGAUGGAAAUGGUCAGCGAAGUAAUGGGAGAUGCCAUAGAUGAUGCCCUGGAAGGGGAUGAGGAGGAGGAAGAAACAGAAGAGCUGGUUAGUCAGGUCCUUGAUGAGAUUGGUAUUGACAUCAAUGCGGAGCUAGUCAAGGCACCAUCAUCUGCAGUGGCAGCUGCACCGGUGGCAGGUCACAGGGUUGCCCAGGCUGAAACAAGCGGGAAUGAUGAUAGUGGGAUAGAUAGUGAUCUACAGGCAAGGUUAGACAAUCUAAGGAAAAUGUAAUUUUCCUGAUAGCGUUUGAUGGAUGAGUGUGAGGGAAGUCUGGGGCCACGUAUUAUAUGUGAGAAAUGUUCUCAUGUGUAAGCCUGGUCUUUGGUAUCUUGUAUUAUAUGUGAGGGAAGCUGGCCUUAUGCUUGAGCUAUGCAUCUCUUCUCGCUCUAAUCAUGUCCUUGCCUCUUUUCUUUUUAUGAGUUUCUUCUCUCAUUUAAUCAUUGUCUCUGUUUUAGUGCUGAAAGUAUCAGAACAUAGCUAUACUUUCUUGAUGUUCUUAUCAGUAGCUGUCACUCUGGCAUCAAAUUUUGAUGGAUUAGUUUUAAACU